AUGGAAACCACUAACAUCACCAGUCACACAAAUCUUCUUUCGAAGAUGGAUCUUGAAAAGCAAAAGCCGAGCCGCAUUUUCCCGCCAAUUUCUGAGCUUAAAACAGAGGCAAAGUCUCUCUUCUCCUUAGCCUUUCCCACAAUCCUCGCCGCGCUCAUUCUCUACGCUCGCUCCGCCAUCUCGAUGCUCUUCCUCGGUCAUAUAGGCGAACUAGAGCUCGCUGGUGGCUCUUUGGCCAUUGCCUUCGCCAACAUCACUGGCUACUCCGUUCUCGCAGGCCUUGCACUCGGCAUGGACCCACUCUGUUCUCAAGCCUUUGGAGCUGGAAAGCCAAAACUCCUCUCGCUAACUCUUCAAAGAACCGUACUUUUCCUGCUCACCAGUUCGCUAGCAAUCGUCGCUCUAUGGCUUAACUUGGGAAAGAUCAUGAUCUAUCUCCAUCAAGAUCCAAGUAUCUCAUCAUUGGCUCAAACAUAUAUCCUCUGCUCUGUUCCUGAUUUGCUCACCAACUCCGUUCUUCACCCUCUUCGUAUAUACCUUCGAGCGCAAGGUAUUACAAGCCCACUAACCCUAGCAACACUUGCCGGCACCAUCUUCCACAUACCCAUCAAUUUUCUCCUCGUUUCUUACCUCGGAAUGGGUUUCAUCGGUGUUUCAAUAGCUGCGGCCGCUUCAAACCUAUUCGUUGUUGUUUUCCUUGUGGCCCACGUUUGGGUCAAAGGUCUACACAAACCAACGUGGACCCGUCCCGGCUCAGAAUGUUUCAAAGACUGGGGUCCACUGAUCAGCCUAGCAAUACCAAGCUGCGUGGGCGUAUGCCUAGAGUGGUGGUGGUACGAGAUCAUGACCGUUCUUUGUGGUUUACUCAUAAACCCUAAAACUCCAGUUGCAGCAAUGGGCAUUCUGAUCCAAACGACGUCGUUGCUUUACAUUUUCCCAUCAUCUCUAGGAUUCGCAGUCUCCACCCGCGUCGGUAACGAACUCGGGUCAAACCGCCCGAAAACGGCUAGGUUAUCAGCCAUUGUGGCGGUUUCUUUUGCCGGAGUAAUGGGUAUGACGGCCUCUGCGUUUGCUUGGGGCGUAAGCGACGUGUGGGGACGUAUCUUCACAAACGAUGUUGAUAUCAUCCGAUUAACCGCGGCUGCGUUGCCGAUUCUUGGGCUGUGCGAGCUCGGAAACUGUCCUCAAACCGUAGGUUGUGGGGUUGUUAGAGGCACGGCUCGGCCGUCGAAAGCGGCCAACAUAAACCUAGGUGCGUUUUACCUCGUCGGAACGCCUGUAGCGGUUGGGCUAACGUUUUGGGCCGCGUAUGGAUUUUGCGGGCUUUGGAUUGGUCUCUUCGCGGCUCAGAUGUGCUGUGCUGCGAUGAUGCUUUAUGUCGUGGCCACUACAGAUUGGGAAGGAGAGGCAAAGAGAGCCAGGAAGCUAACGUGCACUGAAAGCGUCGAUGUGGUUAUUACGGCGCAAAGCAACGGAGACUUAACGGAACCAUUAUUUUACGUUGUCACUGUCGCUGCUGACUGA